AUGAUCUCGCGAUGUUCUUCAACAAUUGUGAGCCUUGAAAAUCAACACGUUUCAUGUCCUCGUAUUCCAUCAACUGUCCUCAAGACAUUCAAUCUUAGUGAAGCCUUAUAUAUUCAGUUGGCGAUUAAUAUAUUGGUUAAUACAAGCGUGACAUAUUUUAUGAUUACAUUUGGUGGUAAGGCUCAUGAAAUCGUGGAUCAGAUGACAGAAUUCGUAUCUUCUCCAGCAGCAUCACAAAAUGCCACGAUUACGUGA